AUACUACAGGCUUCUUGAUGAGAUACAGAGAAUUUAGAGCCACAAUAAAAUCAAAACCGCAUAAAAUCCAUUUUCUCAUUAUUGUGAAAUUAUAGCUUCAAGCCUUCAAUUCACCGAUAUAUUUAGGAAAUUUUGGUACUUGGAUUUCGUAAAAGGUAGAAAAGGAUUGGUUCACAAAUCGUAAAAACAAUGGAUACCCAUCACAAAUUACAGCGACGAGAAUUAGGAAAAACUGGUCUAAACCUCAGUUGUGUGGGUUUUGGCGCAUCUCCUCUUGGCAAGGUUUUUGGUGAUGUUUCCGAGGAAGAAGCCAUUGAUACUGUUACCCAAGCUUUUAAUAUGGGUAUUAACUUUUUUGACACUUCUCCCUACUAUGGUGCGACGUUGUCCGAGAAAGUUCUUGGAAAGUGCUUGAAAGCUCUUGGUGCACCUAGAGAUCAGUAUAUUGUUGCAACGAAGUGUGGCCGUUAUGCAGAAGGUUUCGAUUUUAGUGCUGAAAGAGUGACGAGGAGCAUUGAUGAAAGCUUAGAGAGAUUGCAACUGGACUAUGUCGAUAUACUGCAAUGUCAUGAUAUUGAAUUUGGCUCUCUUGAUCAGAUUGUCAAUGAGACAAUUCCCGCCCUUAAGAAGAUUAAGGAAUCUGGGAAGACAAGGUUCAUUGGUAUAACUGGACUUCCAUUGGAAGUAUAUACCUACGUUCUUGACCGAGUGCCAAUUGAGACAAUUGAUGUUGUUCUGUCAUAUUGCCACUAUUGUAUCAAUGAUUCAACCUUGGAAGAUUUGAUACCUUAUUUGAAGAGUAAAGGUGUCGGUGUGAUCAAUGCUUCUCCACUUUCAAUGGGGCUUCACACAGCAAAUGGCCCCCCAGAGUGGCAUCCAGCUUCCAGUGAGAUUAAGGCUGCAUGCAAAGCCGCUGCUGAUUACUGCAAGAAGAACGGAAAAAGUAUCUCAAAAUUAGCUUUGCAGUACAGCUUGUCAAACAAAGACAUUUCUACUGUCCUUGUUGGUAUGAACUCUGUUAGACAGGUGGAGGAAAAUGUCGCAGCCGCUUUAGAACUUGAAGCUGCAGGACAGGAUGAGAAGACUCUUGCAGAAAUAGAAAGCAUUCUAAAGCCAGUAAAGAAUCAAACUUGGCACAGUGGCAUACAACAAAGCUGACACUACUUGUUGGCAGCAUAUGUGUCAAACUUGGCUAGUGUGUAAAUCUUCAGUGAAAAUUUUCAUGCAAAAAUUCAUGUUUGCAAUGUCGCUUACCGUCCAUGGAGAUGCCUACGAGGUUACGAGAUGGUAAAAAAAAAGUUGGAAAGUAUAGAGUAUAUGUACAUUUUAUUUUGGCACCAUCAUACUCCUUUUUGACGGACACAAAUUGUGCAUUUUGUUUCCCUUGUUGCUGACUUAGGCAUGCUCAACUAAAGUGGUUUUGUCAGCGUUGUUUGUGAUAUCAGAUAUGGACAUCGUAAAAAUGUGGAAGUGACUAUAGCUAAUAACUUCAAGGAAAUCACAGCUCUUAUGCAUUUUGUUUCCCUUCUGCAA